CCCAACUGGAUGAUACUGAAUUGAGUGUUAAAAUAUCAGAGGAGAAGCUUUGGUCAACAGCUAAGACCAUCUGCGUCAGUAUGAAGAACACACUUAAGGAUUUCUUCACAGGGCUGAAGCCACCCGGAUCCGAAAGGACAGAAAAUGCUUCUUCCAAAGAGACCCUUGGGGAAAUCCUGGUUGCUAUCCAGAAUGAAAUCUCAAACUUAGGGCGAAUGAAGGAUUCCAGGGAGCUCCUUCAGAUCAAUGAUAUGGUAGGAACUAUACUGAAGGAGGUUGAGAAAAGUGAGGAUGACAGUGAACAAGUCUGCCAAGACAUCCCUAGAACCUGUUCAUCUUUGUCCACUUCUUUAAAUGGUCGUAGUUCCUUGUCCAGCUCUUCAAAGAGUCCUAGGUCAGAGUGUGAGUUAGAGAUCAACCUCCCUGGCACUCCCAUCCCUGACGAAGUGCCUUUUGAUCUGACCUGCCCCAUCGUCAGGAGCUCCUGCAUCGACACCAGGGUCUCUAAAAUGCCAGAGAUUUCUUCAAGUGACCUAAAGACAAAGAUGAUGGCACACACAGAUGAACCCCUGCAUCGUAACAGUCCAAUGACUGACCGCAGUCGACCGCCGAGUGCUAAAGCCUCUUUUCGAUCCUCCACUCCGUCUUUCACCAACAAGGGAACCUCUUUGGUACCAAAGGGAGAUGGGAUUGACAUUGAAGAGAAGGAGGUGUGCAUCCCCAGCAGCUCUGGCCAUCUGAGGGAGCUCUUAAUCACCCCGGACAUCAGCAGUGCCACUGCAUUCCCACUGCAGUACUUGAUGGACUCCAGCAAAGAUGAUGGCAUCUGUUUUGUCACCAUACUGGUGAUAAGGUUGCUAUCGGAGAUCAGACCCUCAGCCCUAGAUGGACCCUCCCAACAGGCAGCAGAUCUGACAGAAACAUGUCAGCAACUCAUCAGACAAGUCCUGUCUGAGUUCUGUGCUGCAUCCAGAUUCUCCAGGACAAAGGCAUAUUCGCAGAACCUGAACAUCCAAAGGGUGUUCAGAGGUGUACAUAAAAACCUCAUGGAGGAGUUUGGCUCUUAUAACAUCCUGCAAGCAGCUCUUUCCUCCCAGGACCCUGCAUUUGACAGAGUCCUGGUAAAGUCCUUGACCCAGCAGCUGGUACAGGGAUGCAAGGAGGCGUCAAGACCAGCUUCUGCUGCAACAAACCCAUCAGACCAGGCUGAGACAGAGAGGGGGGCUGAGCAGAAAGCAAGAAGGAGCUUCCUUUGCUUUUCAAUGACCAAACUCAGGAUCAACUUCAAGCGUUCCAAGAGAGGAAACAAGGACUGCCAUUCAGUCCAGGAACAGACUGAGAUUCCCUCUACUGAUGGACAUUGCAUAGCUCCCGUUGGAGAGGUUUCUCCCUCCAUAUCUCAGCCUGUCAAAAAACGAUCCUUGAUUGUCAGGGUCUUUUCAGCAAUGAUGAAGCCAUUCAGGUGCUACACCAAGAAGAACCUGUAACCUCUUACGCUGCAGUUAGAACUACUUUUGUAACAGCAAGACUUUUGACAAGAGGCAUUUCUGCAUGUCUACCCUUUCAAAGUCUAUUUGAUCAAAUAAAUGCCAAUGAUUUUACAAGAAUUUCAAGUGUUUUGGAAGAUUAGUAAAACUGAAGCAGCUUUUCUCAGAGAAAUGCACUAGUUCCCCCUUGGUUACACAUUUAUUGUGCAGUUUUUGAGUUGGCAGGACUUGGGGCAGCAGGUAGCCUUGUGGUUAGAGCGUUGGGCCAGAAAGGUUGCUAGGUCAGAUCCCUGAGCUAACCAUGUAAAAAAAUAUGACGUUCUGCUCCUGAACAAGGUAGUUAACCCACUGUUCCUAAGCUGUGAUUGUAAAUAAGAAUUUGUUCUGAACUGACUUGUCUAGGAAAAUAAAUAAAAUAACCACAGCUUGACUCUAAUACAAUAGUUGCUGCAUAGACUGUCAGAUAACCAGAUGUUGUCUAUUAAUUUAGUUCGAUUGGUAAGAGCUUAUUAGCAGCAAGGGGAAAACACAUAGAGGAGAAUUAGCUAUCUGCAGCUAGAUGUUUUCUAUAUAUUUUCUAUAUGUUGAAAAUAUAACGUCCAACAGUUGACAGUGUAUGUCAGAGCAAAAACCAAGCCAUGAGGUCGAAGGAAUUGUCCAUAGAGCUCAGAGACAUGAUUGUGUCAAGACACAGAUCUGGUGAAUGGUACCAAAACGUUUCUGCAAUAUUGAAGGUCCCCAAGGACACAGUGGCCUCCAUCAUUCUUAAACGGAAGAAGUUUGGAAACACCAAGACUCUUCCUAGAGCUGGCCGCCAGGCCAAACUGAGCAAUCGGGGGAGAAGUGCUUUGGUCAAUUCAAAAUAGCUCUACUCUGAGAACUACUUUUAAUCACAGAGUGGAAAACCUAGAACCAUACUGUGUUGAUCACAAUUAUGGAUGUAUUCUGGAAUAAGACAAACCUAUACAUAGAGUUGGAGUCUGAGUGUGUGUACACACAGCCACCUCUUUAACCACUCUUCAAAAUAUUUGGCAGCCUUUGAGAUGGAGAGGCAGGAGAAUAAGUGACAGAACAAGAGUAUAAUAAAAGCAUGACUUCUCUCCCACUCCUGCUCACAGCAGCAGUGCAGUGGAGUAGCUUCAACAGCCAUAGGCCCAAGGAUUUCACAUCACAUUCCAUGAUGCAAUGCAGAAUACGGCUUCACACAGAACAAUCACCAAACCCAUAAGAUAACACUUCGCACAGCACAGCCAAACAUCAUGUAUCACAUGAAGAGAAAUGUGUGUACUCCGGACGAGAUGCCUUCAAUCUACGCUCUCUCUCUC